GACCUUACUUUUUUUUUUUUUUAAGAGAAAUUGCGAAACUUGCUCAUAAUACUAAUCUGUCUAUCAGAUCUGAUCUGCACUCGAAACCAUUUUCUCCCCUCUCUUCUGUAUACGUUCUUCACUCGAUGUAUACAUGUAUAUACGCUUGCUGCUUGCAUUUGUUUUUCGAUCAACAAGCAGAAGAAAAAGGGCGUAUUGGUGGAUUGGAUCUCAUUCUUUCCGGGUCGUGUGGUUUGUUGAUUUUUGGUUCUGAAAGAUGGUAUCUUUUUUGUUAGACUUCAAACCUCAAUUGCCCUCCAGAACCCAGACCAAAUACUGCUCUUAUGAAGAAUAAAACGGAGUAAAAGACGGGAUCUCAUUCUCUGUGGUUUACGGGUUUUGGUUCUGAGAGAGCAUUUACUUUUGCACCUCAACUUCGAUUAACCUACGAAACCCAAAACAAAUACUGCACUUGUGAAUAACAGAAAUGUCAGAAACGAGGGUUGGUGAUCCAAGCAAGCUACACUUGAAGAAGGAGCUUACUCAAAUCCGAAAGGCAGCCCGGGUUUUACGAGAUCCCGGCACGAGUUCCUCUUGGAAAUCCCCUCUAAAUUCCUCAAGAUCUGUUCCACCGGCUGCUUCUCCUUCAACUUGGGAGCACUUGUUACAGUCUGAUCAUUUCCAAAAUAACAAUGGCAAGGACAAGGAGAAGAAUGUGUUCCUGUACAAUUGGAAAGGCCACAAAUCCUCAACCGAGAAGAGCGCAGCAAUGGCCACGAUUGACGAUGACGACGAUGGAUCUUCUUCUUCGAUUCCGGGGGGCAGCGUUGAAGAUAACCUGAGCGAUGGGCGUGAUGGUAGGGAUUCAAAGAGUGACAGCUUUCCUUCCAUAUUCAGAUGUAGGAAUGCAAAUCCUGUGUCAUCGGCCAACAUUAAGAAGAAGAAGAAGAAGAGGAAGAAGAGUAAGAAAACUAAUACAAAUUUGGACGCUUUAUCAAAAUAUCGACACAAAGAUGAUAUUGUUGGUAGAAACUUAGUUAAUUCAAAACCACCAUUCCAGAGUCAUCCUUCCAUCGGGUUAAGCCGGGAUGACUCUGUCGGGCAAUCUGAUGAUACCGAAGAGUAUAGUAAUUCUGAGGAGUCUAGGAAAAUUUUGAGGGCGUCCCCAUUGCUUUUGAAACUUCAGCAUAAGAAUUGGUCUCACUCUUCUAAGCUUUUGAGAAAAAGUGGUCUAAGAGAGGAUUCUUCUUUUUCAUAUAGUACACCGGCAUUGUCGACUAGUUCCUAUAAUAGGUAUCGUAAUCAAAACCCAAGUACUGUUGGGUCUUGGGAUGGUACUACUACUUCAAUCAAUGAUGGGGAUGAUGAGGUGGAUGAUCAUUUGGAUUUGCCGGGUCGCCAAGGAUGUGGGAUUCCUUGUUAUUGGUCAAAGAGGACACCCAAACAUCGUGGUGUGUGUGGGAGCUGUUACUCUUCUUCACUUUCAGAUACAAUAAGGAGGAAAGGGAGCAUCAUGUUGUGCGGAAGUCAAGUUAUGUAUCCCAGGCGUCCAGGAUCAUCAUCAGGUUCCAACAAGCGGAGUAUUGCUUCAAGAAGUGCUCAAGGUGUUUUUCCAUUACUUGGUGAUUGCAGAGGAGGUUCAUCCAUAGGAACUGGGCGGAGUGAUGAUGAACUCUCUACUAACUUUGGGGAGCUUGAUUUGGAAGCUUUGAGUAGAUUGGAUGGGAGGAGAUGGUCGUCCAGCUGUAGAAGUCAAGAAGGACUAGAGAUUGUAGCUCUUAAUGGGGAAGGGGAAGAGGAAGGCACACCGGACAAUAUCAGGAGUUUUAGUAAGAAGUACAAACCGAUGUUCUUUGGUGAAUUAAUUGGGCAGAAUAUUGUUGUCCAGUCGCUGAGAAAUGCUGUUAUAAGGGGUCGGAUUGCCCCUGUUUAUCUUUUUCACGGUCCCCGUGGAACUGGAAAGACAUCAACAGCCAGGACUUUUGCCUCUGCCUUGAAUUGUCUGGCUCCUGAUGAAACCAAGCCAUGUGGUUACUGCAGGGAAUGCACUGAUUUCAUCUCUGGCAAGAGUAGAGAUCUGUUGGAAGUUGAUGGAACCAAUAAGAAAGGAAUUGAUAGAGUUAGGUACUUAUUGAAGAAACUAUCGGUGGAGUCCUCAUCAGCCUUCUCAGAAUACAAGGUUUUUGUUAUUGAUGAGUGUCACUUGUUACCCUCUAAGACAUGGCUGGCAUUUCUCAAAUUUCUUGAAGAACCACCAGAGCGAGUUGUGUUCAUACUUAUAACAACUGACCUUGACAAUGUACCUCGUACUGUACAAUCACGGUGUCAGAAAUACCUUUUCAACAAAAUUAAAGAUGUUGAUGUUGUAGCCAGGUUACGGAAUAUUUCUGCUAAUGAGAGCCUGGAUGUUGAAUCGGAUGCAUUGGAUUUGAUUGCUUUGAAUGCAGAUGGUUCACUUCGAGAUGCAGAAACUAUGUUGGAACAAUUGAGUUUACUGGGGAAAAGAAUCACCACAUCUCUUGUAAAUGAACUCGUGGGAGUUGUUUCAGAUGAAAAAUUACUGGAACUUUUGGAGUUAGCAAUGUCAUCAGACACUGUAGAAACAGUGAAAAGAGCCAGGGAGUUGAUGGACUUGGGGGCUGAUCCCAUGGUUUUGAUGUCUCAACUGGCCAGUCUCAUUAUGGAUAUCAUUGCUGGAACUUACAACACAAUUGAUGCUAAAUGUGGUGAUUUUUUCCCUGGUGAAAGAAGCUUGACUGAAUUAGAAAUGGAGAGAUUAAAGCACGCUCUGAAGCUUCUUUCAGAGGCUGAGAAACAGCUAAGGGUUUCAAGUGAACGCUCAACCUGGUUCACAGCAACCUUAUUGCAGCUCGGUUCAAUACCUUCUCCAGACUUUUCUCACUCUGGAAGCAGCAGAAGGCAGAGCUGUAAGGCAACCGAGGAUGACCCAUCCAGUGCUUCAAGAGAAGCUACUGCUUACAAGCAGAAGUGGGAUGCUCACCAUACUCCUCGAAAACCAACUUCUCCUGCUUCCCUGCAGAAGGCAGUAAGUGGGAAUCCCAACCAUCUUAGGGAACUGUUGUCAGGGGUUGACGGUUUCAGCUCCAACUCCAAUCCCAAGCUGUCACAAAGCCAGUCAGUUGAUGGGGGUGCCUCGGCUGCCUCAUGUGAUAAUAUUAUGGUUGGAAAUAUGAUGUUUAGAUGCAUAAACUUAGAAAAGUUGAAUGAUGUCUGGGCAAGUUGCAUUGAGAGGUGCCAUUCAAAGACACUGAGGCAGCUGCUAGCUGUUCAUGGAAAGCUUGUGUCUAUAUCCGAAGUUGAAGGUUUUCUUGUUGCUUUUGUUGCAUUUGGGAAUCGAGAAAUCAAGUGUAGAGUGGAAAGGUUUUUGAGCAGUAUCACAAAUGCAAUGGAAAUAGUUCUGAGAUGCAACGUGGAGAUUAGAAUAAUCCUUUUGCCUGACAGUGAGGCUUCUAUUAAUAUUGUGAAGCUGGUCAAGUUACCAGAGGGUCUGAAGAAGGCCGAAACAGCUGCAGCUGUUGACCAGGAAAGGAAGGCAGUACACCCAAACCCAAUUAAUGGUUUUUCUAAACGUUCUUUGUUGCUGGAUGGAACCUAUCAAUCUACCUCUGGUUCAUCAGACUUAACAGCUAAUGGCAAUGGCCAAACCAGUAGUACAAGAGAGAGGAGACAGGAGAUUCCAAUGCAGAGAAUAGAAUCCAUCAUUCACGAGCAAAGGCUAGAAACUGCCUGGUUACAGACUGCAGAGAAAGGCACGCCUGGUUCAUUGAGUCGUUUGAAACCUGAGAAGAAUCAAGUCCUGCCUCAAAAUGGCAUAUAUUGUCAAGAUCAAAUGGACUCCAUGAACUCAAUGGCCUUCUCCUCUCAGCAUUGGGAAGAUGAAUUAAAUCAUGAACCCAAAGUUAACAUUGGGAGGGUCCUCCGGAAGGACCAAAAUAGUAAAAGGAUUGAUCGUUUUCCCAUGUCACCAAGUUUAUUGCACGAUAAAAGCUUAGCAGGCAAUUUCAGUAAAAAUAACCUGGGAUAUGAAUCAGGGUCUGGAACUGGAGGUUGUAGUGGACUCUUCUGUUGGAAUAACGCCAAACCUCGUAAGAGGGAAAGGGUUAAAGUAACCUCUGUUCGGCCACACAAAGGUGGACGGUUUUCAUUGUUUGGUGAUUGCAGCAGACCAAAGAAAACAGAGUGUGGAUCUAGAAGAUAAAUAGCGAGAAUUCGUAGUUUGGGGUUUCAGAUAUACUAUUGUUUUCACUAUAUAUUUUACUUUAUUUAUCUUUUGACAGUUGAGCCAUUUUUUUUUUUUUUUGCGGGGGAGGGCGGCCUACGUAUGUAAAGGCUGUGGUUGCCAAUUGGCAUGUGCAUUUUCUAUGCCAUCAGUAAAGGAGAGAGACAGUGGAUGCUAAACUGUUAAUCUUCUUUUGCAUUUCUGGUCUGUUGACUCUGCUGGACUGUUCUAGGAACGGGAUGGAUGCUAUAAAAUAGAAGUAUCUUUCUCGUUUUUUCGUUUUGGUCA